UUUCCCAACUCUAAUAAACCAAAGAAACCCAUCAAUUCUGCACCUAAAUAUUGGCAUUUGAUUUACCAACAUUCCUGGCAGAAUAUCUGAUAGCAUAUGAUGGCACCCAGAAGGAAUGAGAUGCUGCUGAGCAUGUCUCUUGUGGUGGCUCUUUGGGGUGUCACAGUGGCUCAAUCUCAAUCAAGUUGCACCAAUGAGUUCAUAAGUCUCUAUCCCUGCCUUGACUACUUAACAGGAAAGACCUCCACCCCAUCCUCUGGUUGCUGCUUGCAACUUUCCUUUGUGGUGAAGUCACAGCCACAGUGCCUAUGCGAGGUUGUUAACGGUGGUGAGUCAUCUGUUGCUGCCAGUCUCAACAUCAAUCAGACUCGGGCUUUGUCACUUCCCAACGCUUGCCGAGUCCAGACACCUCCUAUUAGCACCUGCAGCCGCUAUGCUUCUUCUCCAACAAGUGUUCCUGUCUCCAACAUUCCAUAUUCCCCUUCAGGGAUCGGAUCAAAUACUGUUUCAUCAACGACCGGAGGCAGGGGAAGUGGCGCUUAUGCAAAUUCAAGUUCCACCAAAUUACCAUGUUCUUUGCUUGUCUUGUUUCUCUUUUCAACGACUUUGAUUUUCACCUUGAUGACCACUACCUAGGUUACGUUGCUGCAAUAUUAUAGAAAACCUUAUCUUAUAUGUACCUUUUGAAUUAGGGUUCUAUUAAGAGUUAUCUCUUUUCGGGAUAUAGAAUCUUAUUUUGAAAAAAAAAAACAUGUGACUUCGGCAGAUAAUUUCUCUUUCCUGCGGCUGAAUAGUAACAUUUUCCUUUUGAAAUAA